AUGAAGACGAGAGCGCGCGGUUGCUGGACUUGCCAGAUCCGGCACCGCAAAUGUGAUCUGAGAGCCCCGCUUUGCAAAGAAUGCAUCGACAGGCGCAUUCCAUGCCACGGUUACGGGCCGAAGCCUGCGUGGAUGAAUGGUGGCUCGCCAGAAGAACAAGAACGGUCACGCAUCAAGAUUGCGGUCAAGGAGAACUUUCGCCGCGUAAGAAGGUUACAGGCUCGAGCUCGCCCCGACGACAAUUUGCAAUCUGAGGGGCCACAUCAAGUGCCGGUCUCGGAUACUCCUCGCGAUGGACCGUCGGAACGACCUCACACAAGUACAAUCGAUCUCUCGGCCCCCGUGCCAAAGGGUGUAGAGUCCGAGCAGCAGAAUUCAUCCAACUGUGCCGUUACAGACAAUGUAACGUGCCGGCUCGGCCGCACCGAGACAGCCAGGCUUAGUCCUGAAGAGGCUCUCUUGCUGAUGCACUAUCUGGACAGGGUCCUGAGGGGCGGUGGGCAUGACUGGCAGCCACAUUUAAGCGCGGUCACAUCCGUCAUAGGCUCAAGGACUCCUACAGACGUUUUCAACGAUAGCGGCUGUGUAUCAGAUGCACUUCAUGUCCGCCAGGGCCUAGAGUUCCUGGUGGUAAACGUGCUCUGGUUUGACAUCCUCGCCUGCAUUUCCACUGGCAGAGCGCCGCAGCUGCCAUACAAGUGCUGGCUCGGCGUUGACGGACUAGACACAGCAAAUCUUAUGGGCUGCCAGAGUUGGAUUCUCGCUGUGAUUGGCGACAUAGCUUCAUUGAAACAAUGGAAAGACGAAAGUAGGAGCAAAGGUUCAUUGAGCGUGCGGGAAUUAGCAAGCAGGGCUCACGAGAUGGAAGUGUAUUUGGAGAACGGUAUAAAGCGCAUAGACGCAACGACCGAGGUCAUGGAAUCGAAUCCGCAGGUUCGCUGGGUGUCGCGAGUCUUUGCUCUUGCUGCCCUGGUGUUGCUCCACAUCGUCGUAUCGGGGCCAAUUCCGACCUUGCCAGAGAUCGAGGAUGCCGUAGCUAGGGGCAUCACAGCGAUUCAGAGCGGCCCUUGCUCGUCGAGGGGUUUAGUGUGGGCAAUAUGUGUGAUUGGUAGUAUGUCCAGCGGUGGCGCUCAGUCCUUCUUCGAGGACCUACUCACUGAACUGUCCCGCGGGGUCUUGAGUAAAUACGCACCAAUCAUUCAUGAUGCAAAAGUUGAGCCCGAUGUAAUGAGUGCGCCGCUUAUGGAGAGGGAUAAGAGGCUGCCACGGAUAAUAGGAAUAGACCUUUGGUUCGAGCUUGCUGGCUCAGCUGCGGGAUUAUCAGCACCUGGAGCAGGAGAACGGAAACAAACAAACGAAGUACCGCUACCGCUGAAGUCGCCAUUAGCCCAGCAGAUACAUACGAGGAUACAGAGCUUUUGA